AUGACUUGUCUUAAAGUAACGGAAAUAACUUAUCAGAUACGCUGCCGUGGCUUGCACAGGGACUCGGCGGCUGCAUUUAUAUUCACCGCCGUGCCUGCCUGGUGCAAUAAAAAAUACUUAGACACAGCUGACUCGGGCGACCACACCAAAGACGUUAAACAAGCUAUGAAGCUUGCUGUCGUCUGUGCAGCAUACAAUGACGUCCAACCCGGAUUAUUCUUUAUGAUAGGAACAGGUAAUAUUGAUAGUGUCGUGAUUAACAACUUUUAA